AUGCCUAACGCUCUUAGUGACAGUGGCAGCAAAUUGCCAAGCUUCCUUUCCAACGGCAACUUUGCCAGCAGUACUUCAUUUCCAACCAGGGAAGUACAUCAUAACACCAAUGGGAAAGAAGCAUCACAGCCAGCGGUUAAGGAAACCCCUAAACCCUGGGUCUCGCAGCGAUGUACAGAUCAGGCUCGCCCACUUAAGGUCAUCUACAUCGGUGCCGGAAUUUCCGGUAUCUGCGGUGCCAUUGAGUUCAGAAAGCAAGUCCCUAAUCUUGAGCUUGUCAUCUAUGAGAAGAACCCUGAUCUCGGCGGAACAUGGUAUGAGAAUAGAUAUCCUGGCUGUGCCUGUGAUGUCCCCGCCCACGCAUACCAGCUGACCUCCGAGUCUUCCCCACGAUGGACUUCUUUCUUUGCCUCUGCGCCUGAGAUCCUCCAGUACUGGAAGGACGUUGCCACUAAAUACGACAUCAGGAAACACAUGAGAUUCCAGCAGAAGUGUACCGGCGCUCGGUGGAGCGAAACCACUAACAAGUGGUUUGUCCAGCUAAAAGACUUAACGACAGGUCUCGAGUAUGAAGACUUUGCGGAUGUGCUUGUUACAGGCGAAGGCGUUUUGAAUGAGUGGAGAUGGCCGGAUAUCAACGGCAUCGAGUCUUUCAACGGACAACUCCUUCAUAGUGCAAACUGGGAUGCCAACGUUGAUCUCAAGGACAAGUCUGUCGCUGUUAUUGGAAAUGGUAGUAGUGGACUACAGAUUGUCCCCGCAAUACUGCCCGAUGUCAGGCAUAUGGAUCAUUACAUACGCGGAAGAUCCUGGAUUGUUGGCCUCUUCGGAGAUCCAGAGACCAGGCAGCGCAUCAAAGAAGCAGGCGGUAACUUCCAGUAUUCCCCAGACGAGAUUCAAAGCUGGGAGACAGAUCGAGAAGCGUACUUGAAGUACAGACGCUCCAUCGAGCACAACAUCAACAAGAACUUUGGUGUUCUCUUCAGCGGGACCUCAGAACAGACUAAUCUUCGGCUUCUAGCUCAGGAGUCCAUGGCCCAAAGGCUCAAAGAGAGACCUGACAUCUAUGAGCACCUUCAACCUGACUUCUCGCCUUAUUGCAAACGCAUGUCACCCGGACCAGGAUACCUUGAGGCCCUGGCAUCUCCAAAGGUUGACGCCAUCACCUCUGGAAUCAUCAAGAUUGACGAAACUGGAAUCUUCACUGCGGAUGGUCAACACCGUCCAGUUGAUGUAAUUAUCUGCGCCACUGGCUUUCAAACCUCGCCCGCCAGCCGAAGCUUUCCCAUUUAUGGUGUUGGUGGAGUAAAUUUACGAGAGCGCUUCCAAAAACGCCCAGAGACAUAUCUGAGCGUCUGCACAGAUGGCUUCCCCAAUUUCUUCCAAUCAAUGGGUCCCAAUUCAAUGCCCGGUGCGGGCAGUCUCCUGCUCGUGAUCGAGAAGACAAACACAUACAUCGCCAAGAUCCUAGCUCGAAUGGCAUACGAUAACAUCGCGCGGAUCGAGCCAAAGCGAAAUGUGGUCCAGGCAUUCACUGACUACUGUGAUAACUUCUUCAAGCAGACUGUUUUUGCAGAGGAAUGCAAUUCUUGGUACAAGACAUACGAGACUGGUGCCUCGCGUGAGGAGCAGAAGCGCGGACGGAUCACGGCAUUAUGGCCGGGUAGCAGUUUGCACUGCGUGCGGACUUUGAGUCGUCCUCGUUGGGAAGACUUUGAGUACAAGUAUUGUGAUGAUAAUGAGUUUGGGUGGUUUGGAAAUGGAUGGACGCUGGCGGAGAAAUUUGUUACCGAUGAGUUGGAGUCUUUGACGUGGUAUCUGAAUGACACCAAUGUCAUGGAGAAGAUAUCCGUAGCUAUCUAUCGCGGAUUCCGCGAAACCCGUUCCCAGGAUUGGGCCCGACAAAGUGACACAUUUGCAACAGAUAGCUUCACUAUCCAAGUACCAAUUAUCCAAGACUUCUUACGAGAAGCCUACCCACAUUGCUUGACCCAGGGCCGGAUGAACCCUCCAAACGAUCCGCGUCCUAGCGACGCCCCUUCCAUGUCUUCUGGCACAUUGGGUGACAGAACACGGGACAAAAACGACCUAUCUGAUGAACCUGAGUACGAAGAGGAAAUUCAUGACUUGGCGCGCAGAUUCACCAGUCAGUCUGCUGCAUCAGGUCAUGGGCCACUGUUCCCCUUGAGUGAUGGCGGUCCUCUUGAUCCACAAAGCCCCCAUUUCAACUCCAAAAAAUGGGCAAAGGCUUAUUUCAAGACCCGAACCGAAGCUGCUGAUGGUAGUGCUCCUCGCACUGCUGGUAUCGCGUUCAAGAACCUCAACGCAUACGGCUUUGGCCAGGCGACUGACUUCCAGAAUACUCUGACGAACAUCGUUCUCAAGGCUUCGAGCUUUGCAAGGAAGGUAUUUGGGGACAAGAGUCAGCGCAUUGAUAUCCUUCGCAAUGUUGAUGGCUACGUCGAAGCUGGAGAGAUGCUUUGUGUUCUCGGUCCUCCAGGCUCUGGCUGCUCGACCCUGCUUCGCAGUAUUGCAGGUGAAACUCAUGGCUUCCACUUUGGCAACGACACAGUCUUGAACUACCAGGGUAUUCGUCCCGAGCAGAUGAAGAAGGCUUACCGAGGUGAAGCCAUCUACACGGCUGAGGUUGAUCACCAUUUCCCUCAUCUGACGGUUGGUGAUACGCUUUACUUUGCUGCUCGAUGCCGAUGUCCUCCUAAGGACAAGCUCCCCCACGGCGUCUCGGCUCGAGAGUAUGCUGAACAUCUUCGUGAUGUGAUUAUGGCUAUGUUUGGCAUCUCCCAUACCAAGAAUACGCGAGUCGGUGACGACUACGUCCGUGGUAUCAGCGGUGGCGAACGCAAGAGAGUCACAAUCGCCGAGGCUGCCCUGGGAUACUCCCCUCUUCAAUGCUGGGAUAAUAGCACACGCGGUCUCGAUAGCGCCAACGCCGUUGAAUUCUGUCGCGUCUUACGGACUCAAGCUGAUACUCUUGGAAUCGCAUCUUGCGUCGCUAUCUACCAAGCGCCUCAGAGUGCCUAUGAUCUAUUUGACAAGGUCAUCGUCCUUUACGAGGGCCGUCAAAUCUUCUUCGGAAAGACAGGCGAGGCGCAAGCCUACUUCGAGAACCUCGGCUUCAUUUGCCCCGAGCAACAGACGACAGCCGACUUUCUGACGUCGAUGACCAACCCAGCCGAGAGAGUAAUCCGCCCGGGCGCCAAUCCACCUCGAACAUCGGAAGAAUUCGCACGAGCCUGGCAGCAGAGCCAGCAAAGAUCGAGGCUUAUCGACGAGAUCGACUACUACAUGGAACAGCACCCAUUUGAUGGGCCGGAUCUUCAGAAAUUCUCUGAAUCACGAAGGCUCGACCAGGCGUCUGCUCAGAGGGAACGAUCUCCCUUCAACCUUUCCUACCUGCAGCAGUACACCACCAACCUCUGGAGAGGCUUCACUAUGUUGAUCGGAGACCCUAGCAUCACUCUCACGAUGCUUAUCAGCAACCUGUUCGAGGGGCUGAUUAUCUCAAGCAUCUUCUAUAACCUCCCCUUCAACACCACGAGCUUUUUCCGUCGAACCAUCUUGCUAUUUUUAUCGUCCUAA